AUGCUGCGCGACGUGCUGUGGAUGUUGCUCCUGGCGCUCUCCAGCGUCGCCGUGACGGCUCUGAAUACCACCAAUACGACGAGCGACGAGCCCGACUUGACGAUACCGACGUGGCACGCCGAGGCGUCGUCGCGCCGACCGGUUGAAAUCGACUUGGACCAUGACGACUACCUCAAGGAGCUCGGUUUGCCCAGCGACGACGAGCUCAACGAGCUCAUCCAAGAAGCCGAGGCCCAGCAAGCGGCACAGGCCGACGCGACCGAGGCGCCGACGCAAGCCCCCAGCUCGACUCCGAUCAAAGUCUCUGUCGGGGCCAGCGCCUCGGACAUUCACAUGCGCAUCAUUAGCGUCAGCAUGCCGCUUCAAUGCAAGAAAUAG